UGGCAACCGAUAUACAACAAAAUGGCUUCCUCGAGGGUGUCUGCACACUUGCCUUUCUACGACUCGAGCAAGUCCAGCCUCGCCUACGGAGACAGGACCAUCCCGAAGUUGAAUCGUGAAUUACAGAGCGAUGACGUAAGGGUGAGGCAGCAAGCUCUCCUGCUGUUGAAUGACGUCAUUCACCGUAGAGAGAAUCUGGCUGCUGCUCUCAGAGAAGGUAUAGCUAAGACUCUGCAGGCGUUACUGGAGGACAGUGACUGGCUAGUGAGAGAGAGAACAGCAAAUGCCCUCACCAUUAUUGCACAGCAUGCUCUCGGGAGGCAGUGUUUUCUGGAGCUGGGAAUGUUGACCUCUCUCUCCAAACUGUUCUCAGAUGGAGAGGUGAAGGUUCGACUGAGUGUCCACUCAGCUCUAGAGAUGUGUGCCAGGACUACUGUUGGGGCACAGGGUGUGGUGGAUGCUGGACUGGUGGCUCUCUGUGUUGAGAAACUGGUGCAGGAGGACAGCACGGAGCUCAAGGAGUUGUUGCUGGCCACCCUCCACUGGUGUUUCAUGGUAUCUCCGACCCAGGGUCUGGAGUGUGGAGCCAUCUCCUCCACUGUCCCUCUCCUCACCCACCCCUCCCCCCUGGUCCGCGGCCGGACAGCCACCCUCCUCCACGACCUCACCACUCCGUACCAGGGUAAGGAGGAGGCCUGUGGCCACGGGGUGUGUGUAGAGGGACUGGUGAACCUCCUCUCUGACCGGGACUCCUUCGUCAGGGCUCAGACUGCUGCUGCUCUCAUGAGCAUAUCAGUGAUCACCAAAGGCAAGUAUGCAGUACUAGAGGCUGGAGCCUUACCCCACCUGGUGGCCUUGUUCACUGACCCCUCAUCUGAAGUGAGGACCAAUGCCGUGAAGGUGCGUUUGUAUCACUCACUAUCCACGGCCCUUCACUUUCACCAUCUCUGUGUUUACUAUAUACCAUUGUAUACGAUGUGGCGACUCAUACUGGGAGUGUAGACGGUGACCAUGCUAGCUGAGACUCCCAGAGGAAAACAGCAACUACAGUCUGUAGUCUCACAGUUGGAGGAGAUGGCAGGAGGAGGAGAGAGAGGAGAGACAGAGACAAAGACCAUCAACACUGCACGAACAGUCAUUACAUGGACUCCCUAACUAUCACCAUAUCUGUGUGAUAUAAUAUACGGUAUGAGUAAAGAAGUGAAGGCGCUACCUCACUGCUAAUGGCACGACGACGCCUUGGUAGUAGUCUGGCGUGGCCCUUGAGCAUCAGCAUAGAGUGCGAGGGUCUGGCAUCAAGGUUGACCGGUAUUUGUACCAAUGAUGUAA